AGGGGGCGUGGCUCUCCACAAAUUCAGACGCGCGCUGCGCGGUUUGUUGAUAGUGCGUGAAUGAGGCGCGCGAGCAUCACUGCGCAUCUUUACACUUCUGUCAGAUAAGUUGACAUUUCAUCAAUAAAGUGGAAUAACAGUCUGAAGAACGAGGAAAGAGAGGAGAAAAUAACACUCGCAUUAUAAAGGUGAUGUGAUAUAGAAGACUUUCUGUACUGACAGACCAGAUGAAGAUGAAGAUGAGGACUGUGGGAUUGUGGAGGACUGGCCGAUGCAGUCUGCUGCUGGUUGCUCUGCUCCAGCUGUUGUUGACUCCUGUAUGCUCAAAUAAUCCAGUAGGCCAGAAUAUACCACGACUACAGCUUUCUCAUACAGAGCUGAGGUCGAGGAACAGCUCGGCUGUGUUUUGGGAUGGUGGAGAAGGUGGAGCGUACCAGGCCUUACUGCUGGAUGAAGAUCGCGGAUGGCUGCUGGUUGGAGGCAAAGACCACAUCUACAUGUUGAAUUCUGACAGUCUCACCCAACCGGCACGCAAGAUUGACUGGCCAGCUGCGCAGGAAAACAUUGAACGCUGCAAAUACGCUGGAAAGAAUUUGUUGACAGACUGUGCAAACUACGUAAGACUCCUUCAGCCUUUCAACAAAACCCACGUGUAUGUAUGCGGGACCGGCGCGUUUCACCCGCAAUGCACCUACGUCGACCUCGGACACAAUUUUGAGAAACCAACGUUCCGCCUCCUCAGCCACGCUGUCGAAUCCGGACGAGGAAAAUGUCCUUUCAGUCCGCAAGAACCUUUUACCGCACAACUGUCAGGUGGAGAUCUGUAUGCGGGCACGUCGGUGGACUUCAUGGGAACGAAUGCCGCCAUAUUUCGCACGUCUGUGCAUAGCAGCAAUCAACAUUAUAUACGCACCGAAGCUUACCAGGAACACUGGCUAAACGAGCCGGAGUUUAUAAGAUCAUAUUCAAUCCCUGACACACACAGCUUAGAUGAUGACAAGGUCUACUUCUUCUUUAAAGAGACCGCUGUUGAGUCCAACCAGCUCGACAAACGCGUCUACAGUCGAGUCGCACGCGUCUGCAAGAAUGAUAUUGGUGGAAAAAGAAGUUUAAUAAAUCGCUGGAGCACAUUUCUGAAAGCCAGAUUGGUGUGUUCAGUACCAGGAUCUGGAGGAAUGGACACACACUUUGAUGAUCUGGAGGACAUUUUCCUCCUUGAGACCAAAGAUCCUCAGAAUCCAGUCAUCUACGGCGUCUUUUCCACUUCCAGUUCGGUCUUUAGAGGAUCGGCUGUGUGCGUGUACUCGAUGGCCUCCAUCAGAGCCGCUUUCAACGGGCCGUUCGCACACAAGGAGGGAACCGAUUACCGCUGGAUGGAGUACAAGGGGAAAAUCCCAUAUCCACGCCCAGGGACGUGUCCCAGCGAGACGUAUGACGCUCUCCACAAAUCCACACGUGACUUUCCCGACGAAGUUGUGAGCUUCAUGAGGUCACAUCAGCUUAUGUGGGAGCCAGUGGUACCCAUCCACAGACGACCGGUCUUUACCCGGAUCAACGCCCCCUACAGGCUGAAGAAGCUUGUGGUUGACCGGGUCGAUGCAGAGGAUGGCCAGUAUGAUGUCUUGCACCUGGGCACAGAUGAUGGCAAAGUACUGAAGGUGGUCUCCAUACCUAAAGAGAACUGGGAGACGGAGGAAAUCGUUUUGGAGGAGCUUAGUGUCUUCAAGUCUCAGUCCCCAAUACUAAACAUGGAGCUGUCCACUAAAAGGCAAGUGUUGUUUGUAAGCAGUGAUGAAGGAGUCGUCCAGCUGCCCGUUCAGAGAUGUGAUCUGUAUGGUAAAGGAUGUGUUGACUGCUGUCUAGCUAGAGAUCCAUACUGUGCUUGGGACGGCGCCUCCUGUACCAACUACUUAUCCAGCAACAAAAGGCGAGCCCGGAGACAGGAUGUGAGGUAUGGAGACCCCUGGAGCCAAUGUCAGGACAUGAAAGAUGAUCAUGCUGAUUUAAAGACGGUUUACGGCGUGGAGGGAAACUCAACCUUUCUGGAAUGUGUUUCACGGUCACCACAGGCAACCAUCAAGUGGAUAAAUCAGCCAAACCACAGCCAAUACAGCAAAGAGUUGGUCGCAGGUGAAGAAAACCUCAUCCACAUGCAACGUGGGCUCCUCCUUCAGCGCGUAACUUCUGCCAACACUGGCCUGUACCUCUGCGUAGCCUACGAACAUUCCUUCUCCCGCACGUUAGCCCGCUACGAACUGCACGUCAUUCCCCAGAACCACAUGUCAAGAUCGCAAAACUCUCGGCCGGAUGGAAACUACGCGGCCUCACCGCGGAGCUUCAAAGAACUUCAUCUGAUGGGCGUCAGCGGGCUAACGGCAGACGAGUACUGCGAACAGCUUUGGUACCGCGAAAAACGCCGACAGCAAAAACUUCGCACACUAAAGUGGAAGCAGGAGGCCGAAAACCGUAAAGCGAGAGUCCGGCGGCAGAAUCCAUCAUACGAGCCUCUUGAAUGAGGCCAUACAGCAGACUUUUGAUAAAGAGACUAUCAAGACAAAAAACAGCUCGUUUGUAGCUUCGACCAACAACAGCUAGCUACUGCUAACGUGAUAUGGAAACAGCUACAAACUAUACUGUUUUACUUCUAAUAGGAUUAAUCUGCACAUAUGUUUUAGCAAAGUUUUACUGUGAUGUCUCAGAGUAAUAACACAGCCUGUGAUUUAGCAACUUUAGCGCAAUAUAACCAAAGUGCUGGUAUGAAUUUGCGCAGUCUGGUAUCGGAUCAGAAGCUAAACAGAUUUUGCGUACUUUGUAUUAUUCUCAAUCUGUUUCUGUUGUUUAUUAAUUUUGUCUUCAUGUCCUGGCAAGUUCGUACUUAUGAGUUAGGAAGUUAAUUUGAUCAUAACAACGGAAGCGUUUGACAAUGUGAUAUUUUGUUUUCUGACCUUUAAAGGUGUAAUGUGUGUUUUAGUGGCCUCUAGUGGUGAGAUUGUGAAUUGCAACCAACCUCAAUUUCGAAACGCAAUAAGAAGUUACGGUAUCUGCCACAGGACAAAUACGUCGUUCUCUGAGUCAUCUUAUGCUGCAUUUACAUCAACCGCGUUUGAUGCGUCAAAAUUGCGUCUACUGCGCCUAGUUUGCCGGUUGAACAGUUUGAAUGCAUUUAAGUAGACACGCGGAAAAAGCAAGCAUUUGACAUGCGUCAGAGGCAAAAUCCGCUUCUUGUGGGAGGGGCAAGUGCUAUGCGGUUGUCUGUUUGCAAGAUGGCUGAUGUUGAUUGUGCAUUUAUUGAGAGAUUUACUGGUUUGUAUUUGGUCACCUUACUAUAGGGGGGAAAUAAACGGCGCGGGUCGAUAAACGUUACGUGACUCAAAAGUGAAAUCUGUAUUUACCAUUGACUGUAAAAAAAGAUGGACGACGCAACGUCGCCUCGCACCAUUGUAAUGAAAUGAAGCCAAAAACUUCCGCCCAAACGCUCGCGCGAACAAUUCAACCACGCCAAUCAUAACGACACGCCCUGUUUCUAUAGCAUCAAAUUACUAGCUAAAAUGAAACUGAACACAAUAAUGACACUUGAACAUAUAUCAGCGUGAUAACAACUACUUUAAAGGACCAAAUCCAUCUUUCGGAAACUUUUUUUGGAAGUGU